AUGCCAUUAUUCGCUCAUCUCCAAAAUCACAACAUAGCGAUGACUGGUCGCUCUGGGACUAGCCCACAACAAGGCGGUACUCGUCGCAGACGAUGCCUGUCCCCAGAGCGUCUAAGAACAAACCGUGCUGAUGGCGAAUUCCGGAACACGUGGGAAGCAGUCGAUUUUGACCCUAACCCAACAUAUAUGCAUAUUGAGUAUGCUCGGCCAUCCAGGAGACGCCCACCACGUGAUGACGCACCGCGUGACAACCCAUUGCCUCCUUAUACUGAACAAGGACAGCGUGAGCGGUCAGGAAACGACAACGCCGCCAGAGGAUCAAGCAAUCGUACCCCGUCUGCUGCUUCUUUGUCGACUGCUACCCCAUCUACCAGAGCGCCGAUACCGCAGCAAUCCUUUCCAUCGAAUAGUCAAGUGAGAGCCGAAAGACAAGCCAGACGGAGAGGUAUCGCACAAGAACCACGCGUGCACAUAUCACCAAUCCCAGAAGAUACCGCCUCAACGACGUUUCCUUUCACCGUCGGCGGUCUCGAACGAAGAGUUUUUAGCCCCUUACCUCUGAUUCCACAGGAGCACGCCGAACAAAGCCAAAUGGCAGAAAACAUGGAGGCCAAUUCCUCAUCUUCUGAGACACAUGAAGAAGAAAACGAACAUGCUCGCGAGGAGAAACCAGAGGCGAGUGAAGCAUCAACAUGA